AUGUGCUCUGUCCUCCGGUUUGUUGCAAUGAGUUUGGAUGCGUUUGAAGAGCGUCUUCACACAGCUUCGUUUGUGAGCCACCGGAUGGUUGCUGUGAAAACUGAGAAGCUAUGUGGUGUUCGUUGCCUUCAUAUAAACCGUCGUUUCAAGUUCACCGUUAAGGUUUCGUCUAACAAGCACAUCCAGGAAGGGCAACUGCUGUUCCAGUUCUUCUUCCCUCGUGAAUUUUAUAUCAGGAAAGACUGCGGUGAACAGGCUGUGGAAAUUUUGCAGCAUAUCCUUCUUUACGAUGACGAACGUGUCGUCUACGUAACGGCGCAAAAAAACACCGGUUCAUGUUGGAUGAAGGCCAUCUUUUCUAACUCCUGUAGGACCAGUUCUGCCACUAAACCGGAGACAGGUGAGCCCAUUGGGAUUCUCUUGAUUUGUUCAUAGGUCUCUCCCGCAAAAGUGAUGAAAGUUUUUUGGCAGAAUUCAAACAGCCUCAUGAGAUGUUCAAUUUGGAGUGUAUUCUGCGUCUCAUCGUAUGCCUCUUCAAGUCUCUUGCGCAAGACUUCGCGGGCCACCUUUGGUGGGAUGGAGUGAAUAACGAUGUCACAUCGAAGGAGACCAUGAUUUAG